CAACUGGUCCCUCACCACGCCAAUAAUAAUACCAUUAACGCUCCCCUCUUUCUCCUGGUCCUUCCCAAGUAUUCGUCACUCGCAGAUCUGACACUGCAAUCUUGAGUCAUCGCCGUGAGCUGCAUCGGCCUAUCCCUCAAUGCUUGCUCAGGCUGAGUCCUUGUAAAAUGGCUCCUUCAUUAAUCAACAUUCAACGAGACAUUAUUCUGGAUGCUAUUCGCCAUGCUGGUGGAAACGACUGGAAAAUCCUUGUGGUGGAUGAGAAUAGCCGGAAAUUGUUGGAUAAUUCGGUGAACGAAGAUGAUAUUCUGAACAACAAUGUGACGAAUAUCGAGCAGAUCGAGCAUCGCCGGCCGUCUAACAAGGACAUGGAUGCGUUGUACAUUCUGUCGGCUCUACCCCAUAUAUUGGAUUGUCUCAUGGCAGACCUAGAGAGACAACGUUAUCGCAGGUUCUUUGUGGUAUGGACAGCAAUCUUGGACCAACAACAACGAUCCAGGUUAGACCGUUCUCAAAUUGCUCGCGACUUGAUUGUGUCUACGCGGACCUUGAAUGUCGAUUUUUAUCCUCGAGAAUCGCAAGUGGUUACUUUCCGCGAUCCUUGGAGCUUUCCUGUACUAUUUCAUCCUGCCUGCAAUAACCUGAUACGAGAACAUUUAGAAGGACUGUCUAGAAAGAUUGUUUCCCUUUGUGUUGUUUUGGGCGAAUAUCCUAUAAUUCGGUAUUAUCGGCCACGAACACCUACACACGAGGCCAGCGUCUUGUGUUCUCACUUGGCUCGGUUUGUUCAAGAUGAGCUAGACCGAUAUGCUCAGUUUAACCGAGAUUUUCCACCGCAGAGCCCGCGCCCUAGGGGCGUUCUUCUCAUUGUCGACCGAUCGAUGGAUUUAUUUUCUCCAUUGCUCCAUGAGUUUACGUACCAAGCAAUGGCCCAUGAUCUACUUCCGAUAAAGGAUGGUGAUAAAGUAACAUAUAAAACGGUAAUCAACGAGGGUGCUGCAAAUGAAGAAGUCAAGGAUAUGGAGAUCACCGAUCAUGAUCGCAUUUGGGUCGACUAUAGACACCUUCAUAUGAAAGACGUGCUGGAAAGGCUGGCCGAGGACUUUACAAAGUUCAGAGCGGCGAAUCCACAUUAUGCUGAGAGUGAGGACUCGUCUAAGGUCAGCGUCAAUACGAUCAAAGACAUGUUGGCUGGUUUGUCAGAUUUCCAAGCAGGGAAGAAUGCAUACACCCUCCAUUUGAAUAUGGCACAGGAGUGUAUGAAGCUCUUCCAAGAGCACAAUUUGCUGGAGACAAGUUCUGUAGAGCAGAGUUUAUCUACCGGCCUUGAUGAGGACUAUAAAAAGCCCAAAAAUCUAGCUAUUCAACUAGUCCGUCUCUUAGAUGAUGAAUCUAUCAUUCCUCCGGAUCGAUUGCGACUUAUCUUAAUGUACUUGAUAUAUCGAGACGGCUUGCUGGGGGGCGAUAUUCGAAAGCUUUUGGCUCAUGCUAAGCUUCCGCCUCAGGAUGGGGAGGUUGUUUAUAACCUAGACCUACUCGGCGCAAGAGUUGAAAAGCCACUAAAAGACAACAAACCGGCGAACCAGCCAAUCUUUCAACGAAAGUCCCCUACUGCUGCACAACAACAGGAAGUCAGCCUUUCGCGUUUUGAACCGAAUGUGAAAUUAAUGCUUGAGGAACAAAUAAAAGGCACUCUUGAUCCCACAAUCUUUCCAUUCACUCGUCCCCAUACAGACGGGGAGGGUGGUAUGCAGGAUCAAAUAUCGCAGUCCUCCCUGCGAAGUGCGAAGCCAACCUGGGCUCGCACUAGAUCAUCCGGUGACCAACCUCGUCAAAGAAUCCUUGUCUUCAUGGCUGGCGGAGCUAGCUUCGCUGAAGCACGAGCAUGUUACGAGAUUACACAAGCAUCGGCUAAAGAUGUGUUUCUGGCAUCCUCGCAUAUGCUUUCUCCAGCUAUGUUUCUCCGCCAACUUGGUGACCUCAAUACAGACAAGAGACGGUUGGAUAUUCCAGCUGAGCGGCCUCGACAAAAAGCACCAGCACAUCUCUUCGAGAAAGACACUCCACCGCCACAACAGAAAUCCGUCAAGCCUCAAGCUCCCCCGACUGCUGCCAUGGCCAACAUGUCUCUGAAAGGAAAUCAGCCACCGCAAGCACCGUCAAAUGGAACACCAUCCGGAGGCAAACCGGCCAAAAAAGAAAAGGAGAAGAAGAAACAUCAUUUCUUCCGAUGAUACUGUAUACGAAUUCCACGACACCAUCCAUAUAUACGGUUUGCAUUGUCGUUCUUCCCUCGAGCAUUUUUCGCGGGUUGUUUCUGCUUCAUAUAACUAUGUUUCUACAUCUAAGGCGCGAUACUUUCACUUGAUGCUUUUACUGAUACCAUGUGCCUUGUCAUCCUCGGGGGGGUUGGAAUUGAUUUUACCAAGUCGAUUAUAAUAGUGGAGAAAAGGGAAAUUUAUGAAUACCAUCCCAAAUCCUCCGCACAUUAAGCCACAGUACAACCUUUGAAGACGCAUUUCCCAAAGAUGUACAACAUCUAAAUGGAAGCUUUACUUAUAGGAAGGUUUAUCAUUCAAUGAUUCAUCAUUUUCAAUAUUUAUAAAA